AUGGAUUCUAUUCUCAAAGAGCUUGAAGCAGGGCAUAGACUUGGGUCUGGUCCUCGCCUAGCAGCCGCCUUCACCCCAGUCGAUACGCCGGAGCAACCCAACCGAUUGAAGUCGUUCUACAACAUAUCCAAUGCCGCUCAGAUAUCCGCGAGCCUCCGAUACUAUCUCUCUCAUAUCAGUGGUGUGAGGAUACCAAAGCAAGAGCUCAACGCCUGGGUAGAUAUCCUUUCUGCUUACUGGAAGGCAAUUGGAGAGAUCGUUCAAUUUGAUGAGUCUCCUUCGCGUGCUAGCUGGGUCCGGGUUUUCGACAGUUGGAAAGACGUGGCGAAUUUGUUGAUCAGGGCCUACUCCAGUCCUGGGCUGGAAAUUUGGACCAUACCUUGCCUCUAUGUUGUUGGCAAAUACCUACGGACUUUCGCAUCCAAGGCCGACGCCGAGACUUCGUCUCAGGGAUCCCUCGCAUAUUCCGAGGAUGAAAUGUUAACCGAUUUCGGAGAAAAUGCCAAAACUGAGGAAGCGGCGCGGGUCCUGAACCGCAUGUUCACCUUGUGUCUCAAUGAUAGAGCGCCUAAGGAAGAAUCGCGAAAAUGGGGUGUUUACUAUAUGACAAACCUUCUAUUUAAAACGUAUUUCCAGAUCAACGCCGUCGGACUUUCCAAGAACCUUUUGCGUGCACUCAACGCUCAGUCGCAGGAUCUGCCGGAUAAAGACCUUUAUCCCAGAUCACAUAUUGUCACAUUCAACUAUUUUGUGGGAGUCAUAUUUUUCCUGGACGAGAACUAUGCCGAGGCCGAGGAGCAUCUUGCAUAUGCGUGGAACUAUUGCCAUAAUAGUGCAAUCAAGAAUAGAGAGUUAAUAUUAACAUACCUCGUUCCCUGCCACCUCGUCAACACACAUACCCUACCAAGCAAAAAGCUACUGCACGACUUUCCGCGUCUUGAAAGACUAUUUCGUCCACUAUGCGAUUGUAUCCGAAAAGGUGAUCUUCACGGAUUCGACGCCGCAAUGAUUGCCGGCGAAGAAGAAUUCGUCAGGAAGCGUAUUUACCUUCCACUCGAAAGAGGGCGUGAUAUAGCAUUGCGUAACCUGUUCAGGAAAGUUUUCAUAGCUGGUGGUUUCGAAGAAUCUAAAGAGGGACAGCCGCCGAUCCGACGGACAAGGAUACCUGUUGCCGAAUUUGCAGCGGCCUUGCGCAUUGGUACCCACGCAGAUGCAAGAACCCGAGUCGAUAUUGACGAAGUCGAAUGCUUGCUGUCAAAUCUAAUUUACAAAGGCCUCACGAAGGGUUAUAUCGCCCGCGAGCGUGGCAUGAUUGUCCUUAGUAAAGGGGGCACUGCCUUCCCGGGGACAGGCGUUUAG